AUGGAGCACCCCUCGGACCUGAUCGUGUCCAAGGGGGAGCCGGCCACGCUGAACUGCAAGGCCGAGGGGCGCCCCACCCCCACCGUGGAGUGGUACAAGGACGGCGAGCGUGUGGAGACGGACAACCCGCGCUCGCAGAAGAUGCUCCUGCCCAGCGGCUCCCUCUUCUUCCUGCGCAUCGUGCACGGGCGCCGGAGUAAACCCGACGAAGGAUCCUACGUCUGCGUCGCUCGCAACUAUCUGGGAGAAGCCGUCAGCCACAACGCCUCGCUGGAAGUGGCAUGUGAGUGCGGACUUUUGCUCUUUCUGAUGGAUUUGGAGAAACUGUAG